AUGGCGAAUUUACUGGAAUUGUAUUUAUCAAAUAAUCGUAUAGAUAGUUUACCCAGUGGAACAUUUCGUCAUUUAUCAGAAUUAAGAGUGUUGAGUCUAGCACAUAAUCGUAUCACGGAAUUGGUACCACGAUUGUUUUUAAAACUGGGUAAAUUAAAAAAUUUGGAUUUAAGUGGGAAUCCUUUGAAAGAAUUAACGCCAGAAGUAUUUAAGGAUGUACAGGAGCUGAGAGCGUUGCGAUGUCGGAAUUGUGCUUUGAGAAAUAUUAAUACACAAAUUUAUCAUCUACUCCCAUAUUUAUCAAUUUUAGACUUAGGUGAUAACGAGUUUAAAUACAUCACACCAGAUGAAUUUCAUGAUUUACGUAAACUAAAAGCAUUAUAUCUAGAUGGUAAUCAAUUACCUGUUGUACUAGAACAUACAUUUGGAAAUCAAAACGAAUUAGAAAUAUUAUCUUUAGCACGAAAUCGUUUAGCAAAAAUAACCAAUGCGGCCUUUACAAAUUUAACAUCGUUACGAUACUUAGAUAUCAGUUAUAAUAAGUUGUAUCGUUUAGAUACAGAAACAUUUCAUCCAAUCGCUGAAUCCCUACAAUAUUUAAAUUUAAGUGGAAAUAAUUUAGCGAUUGGUGAAUUGAAAUAUGUGUUACAAGUUGUCACAAAAGUUCAAGAAUUGGGAUUAGCCAACAUGAAUUUAUCUGAUUUACCACUUGGAUUACUAAUCUAUCAAGAAAAUCUUGUGAAAUUAAAUCUAUCCCAUAAUCAUUUUUCUUUCUUUCCCAUACAAGUUCUAUCACCUAUACCAAAAUUACAUGAAAUCGAUCUGUCAUCGAAUCGGUUUCGUGGUUUAGAUGAAAAAGUUCUACUUAAAUUAGAAACAGUACCAAUAGUACAUUUACAAAAUAAUUCAUGGACGUGCGAUUUAUGUCAUAUAAAAGGGAUGAUAUCAACGUGGCAUGAAAAUAUGAAAUUAUUACAAAAUUUAAGAUGUAUACAUCCUAAGGCUUUAGUUGGACGAACAAUUGCGUCCUUAUCACGAAGUGAAGUCGAUUGGUGUAGUGCGAGAGAUUAUGGUUCUAAUACAUUUGAUGAAAGUAAUUCAAAUGGAGUUGGAGCACAUAAUUUUUUAAGUGAAGAAGGUCGAUUGGGAAUCAUUGCAGCUGGGGCCACAUCCAUGUUGUUGAUAAUAACAGGUAUUGUCCUAACCAUUGCGAUGUGCUAUUCUAAACGACAUGCAGCCAAUUACUAUACAAAUGAAGAGAAACGUGGUCCAGAAAAUGAGAAAAUAUUUGAAAAUCCCACGGCGAUAUUAGGUGAAAAUGGUGAGAUUAGUUUUAAAUUUCCAUUAGAUAUAAGUCAAACAACAAAACAAAAGAAAAUGGUGUCAAUAUCAUCGACAAUCGAUGAAAUAACGAAAAAAGAUCCACAACUCACUGUAAUUACAAACGGUAAUUCAUGA